AUGCCUCUGUUCAGCAAGCAGGCCUCUUUGGCGUGGCUUCUCAGCUAUGCACCGUUAUCCCUCGCAUUUUUCAAGGUGCCCUGCAGCACCCCUCUGGUCAUCGAACGCGCAGACCCGAUUGUCCAGCCGGGCGUUGCAUCGAGCCAUGUCCAUACCAUCAUGGGCGGAUCGGGCUUUGGCUUCACAAUGGACUACAACAUGACUCAGACGUCGCAGUGCAACUCUUGCUCCGCGGUAGAGGACAAGUCCAACUACUGGGUUGCCUCGCUGUACUACCACGCGCAGAACGGGAGCUUCAUCCAAGUGCCCCAGAACGGCGGUGCUCUCAUCUACUACGAUGCGACCAAUCUUAACACGGAUAUCAAAACAAGGCAGCGUCCUGACCCAACAACCGACGGCACCAUCGUCGCACCCCCAGCCGGGUUCCGGAUGGUCGCGGGCAGCCCCUUCGACCGCAGCGAUAAAGGCGACAUCGCCACUGCCGCUCGCAGCUUUGCGUGCCUGAACUACAACGGCCCCGGCACCCCGCAGACCCACGGGUUCCCAACGACCCACUGCCCGAACGGCCUGCGCGCGCAGGUGUACUUUCCCUCGUGCUGGGACGGCGUGAAUCUGGAUAGCCCCGACCACAGAUCCCAUGUGGCCUACCCAACUCAGAGCUACGACAACGGGCCCUGUCCUGCAUCCCACCCGGUCCGGAUUAUCUCGAUCUUCCUCGAGGUUACCUGGCACACGGAGCGGUUUGGGGAUAUGUGGUAUGGGAACCAGCAGCCCUUUGUGUUCUCGUUCGGGGAUCCUACGGGCUAUGGAUUGCAUGCGGACUUUCUCAACGGCUGGGACAUUGACGUUCUCCAAGACGCCAUCAACACGUGCCACGACGGCGGCGGCGACAUCACCAAGUGCGAGCCCAUCACCUUGCAGCCAGACUGGGUGACAGACGGCUGCAUUCUUGAGCGCUCGAUCAACGAGCGCAUCGACGGGUGGCUCGAUGAGCUCCCCGGAUGCAACCCCAUCCAGCCCGGGCCCGACGACGCCAGGCCCGUGACCGGCUGCGGCGCACCAACUACCAUCGGCGAGCCCCUGCACUACUACACCGAUCUCACCGGCAGCCACGGGUGGGAGUGGGUGGGCUGCACUCGGGAUAACGUCGGCGGGCAUCGGGUCCUAGUCGGGUCGACGGCAGAGAUCUCGGAUCUAACGCCGGCCCAGUGCGUGGAGAAAUGCAGUGCCGAAGGCUACCAGUAUGCUGGCGUGGAGAACGCACACGAGUGUUUCUGUGGCAAUAGUGUGGACCAGGACGAUAUGCCGAGGGUUACGCCCAUGGGCAAUUGUCUGUGGCCGUGUGCGGGCGACAGCCUGCAGAACUGCGGAGGAUAUGGGUUUAUCGGUCUGUAUCGCAGACGCCAGGGUGGAUGCAAGAAUCUGGAGUAUCCCAUUGUCCCGCAUUAG